AUGGCUUCAAAAAGAAUUUGUUUAUGGCUUGUAUUUAUGAUUAUUACACAAUCGGUUGGAGAAGAUAUGCGAUCAGUUCGAAUGUCUUCAAUGCGUGGUUCGAAAUUUCAAUGCGGUAAUACAACAUGUUUACCGUUCGUUAACCUCAUUACGUCAACUAUUAUGAAGUGUCAAAUGGCUUGUUUAGCUCAAAUUUAUUGUAGAGCAGCCACAUUUUAUCGAUCAACUUCUAAUUGUGAAUUAUUUGCUGAUAUACUGAACCAAAAUGAAAAUAUGCUGGCUGAUGCGGAUGCUACUAGUAUGAAUGUUAUUGCUGGAACACGAUCUCCACCUGGUUAG